UUAUUUCUCAUUUACAACUUGUCCCACACUCCUCUCUCUACGUAUACAAUAAAAUAGAAUAUAUGCGUUUCUUUAUAUUACAUGACGAUCGGAGCAAAAAUAAUGUUUUUCACUUCAGUUCAUAUUCGAAACUUUCAAACAAAUUGAUUGUCUCUGUCUGUCUGUUUGUUUGUCUGCUGUCAAUGGUUUUGCUAUGCCGGCGACACCAGUUUUCAUUUUAUACAUUUUACUAUUGAUGCUUCUUCUAUCGAACGUUUCGAAUGGUAAGUUUGAUGAACGGAUGCGCACAGAUCAGGGAUUCUUGUCCAACGUUAAACGAUGGUUCUCCUCCACCUCCUCAUCGUCAUCUGCAUCAUCAUCGAAUUCGUCGUUGCCUGCAUCUCCUGCUACCGAGAAAGAGAACGAGGGCGAAGGCGAGGGCGGUGAUGCUUUAAACAUUUACAUCCUGAAGCACAAACGUGAAGACGUCACCGGGACGAUAGAGAGAAGGAGAAGAAUGAAGAGGAGCAGGAACUUAUCGUGCUGUCCGGAUGGCGUGCCGAACUGCAGCGACGAUCAGAUGAUGGUCUAUCUGGCAGAGAUACAGGCAAUCAAUCCGGAGAGCAUCAUCAACCUGUCCACCUUCGACAAUCUCCAUCUGCUGUGCAAGCAGGUAUCGGAGAGUCUGGACAAGAUGGACCAGUUCCUGCAGACGUGUCGCAUUCCACCGGAGAAGGACCUCUACAUACAGCUGAUCAAGGGAGUCGACAGACUGUACGACGCCAUCUGCGAACAGGACAGCAGGUUGCGUGCCGACUUCAAGGAACACUUUGCCUGUCUGAAGCAGCUGCACGAGGACUUUGAAACGUGCUUCGGACCGCCCGACUGGACUGAAGACUCAAGUCAGGGCAAUAUGCAGGUAAUACAUAUACAUAUAACUUUAAGUUAUUGUCUGUUCGUGUACAAUACAACAACAACAACAAAAAGGGCGUACAAGGACAUUGCCGACUGCUACUACAUCAAGGCGGCCAAGGUGUGCGGAAAGGAGGCGGCGAAGGUGAUGAAACGAGUCGUCCGGACCGUCGUCGAUUCCAUCAUCACGGUCCAGUGCAACUUCAUCAUGGAUCCGAUCGUCGAGGACGCUUUCUCGUCGACAACCGUCUCUCAUCCACAUCUACCGACAAUAAUUAUGAUUACGAUCGCCCUGUACCCUGUCGCUGCUCCUCUAUUACGAUAUUUAAAUAAAUAA